UUGGAAUAGGUUUGGCCUCAUUUUUCAAUUUGUUUAUUGAAAAAAAAAAAAAUGUAUAAAAUAUAAAAGACAAGUGGGGCGUGACCAUCCUCUUAUCGGCUCUGCGCUAUGAUGAUGGCGGAGCAUCAGCAAAAGAAAUCUGACACGCUCAAUUGGCAACCAGCUCUAAGCUCUCACAGUCGAUCGCUUGCCAACGUCAACUUUGCACCGAUGCUCCACGCCUUUUUUUUCCCCUUUAAUCGUCCGCCCUAGACUCGUCACUGUGCAUAUACCAAGAAGAAAAUGCCUUGGCAAAAAGUCAUAGCCAAAAGGAGAUGUAGAUAACAACAACGAAAAAAGGACAAAGUGGCUUUACUUCUAUGUGUAUAUCACUGGCGUUUCCAUAGCGUGAUUGAACGAUUAUACUUAUAUAGCGUACACAUCCCCCCUCCUUUUAUUUUUUUAUAGUACAUGUCGCGAGAAGAUGUGUGUAGAUGCGGAAUUAUUGGCACAUUAAACAAGCCCGCCUUUGAGACGGUAUUGCAAACAACUAUACGGCCCAACAGAGACAUGGAAGAGAAUGAAAUGGAGAACGAAAAAGAUAAAACGCGCUGGCUAUAUCAAAACGAACGCGGCGCAUAGACAGAAACGAAAAGGACCACCACUCGACUCGAUCUAAAUCUACAGCACGAGCAUCAGAUAUGAAGUAGAUGAUAGGGAUGAGAGUGCCAACAAGAAUGUCUACCAUCGCAUCACGAUAAUGCGUGCGUGAGAGAGAGAAAGUGACGAGUGUCGGGAUUGAACGGGCUCCUUUUUCGCAUGGCGAUGGCGGAUCCCGCAGCUGAAAGGCAUCCAUCACGGAUCAACGCGGAUUGGCUUCGUCGGCGAAUCCGCUCCCCACGACGGCACCAAUUUGCAGCGACAAAUCAUCGUGGCUUUAUUCUUUUCGUUUGACUACAUAAUCUUGUACACAUACACGUAGCCUAUAUAUACGUAUAGACGCAAUUGAAUCUACAUAAGUGAUGGACAAGACGGUCCUCCGAGACAUCUCUCUUUCUCUAGCAGACGCUUUGAUGCGCUUUAUAAAUGGCUGUGCUGGAUGCUGCUGAAAAGAGAUGGCACCAUCAGCCGAUGGCUAUAAAUCUUACGUCAGUCGUCCACUUGAAUCCAUUUUGCGCUUCAUACCCGAUUUUAUCUAGAAAAAGACUAAGAAAAGACGAGAUCUAAAAAAAGUCUUUAGUGGGAGCGUAAUAGUAGCACGUCCGUUUGAUAGCCCAUCAUUUAUUAUAUGGAGAAAUAGAGGCACAUUUUUGGAUAUCGAACGCGUCUUGUAUAUCGCUACGCAAAGGAUAGGGCAUUGCAGCACACAUACGGUAUAAUAAGCCCGUCGCUACAUGUAAAUAUUAAGAGCUUUGUAUGUAUAGUCCACCGUCUGGUGCCUUUCCCACGGCAAGUAUAAGAUAUAGCAGACUGAGUCAAUUUGAGAUCGUCGUCGUUGACAUUGUUCACUGCCACUGGCAAGCCCAUCUCUAUUGAUAUAUAGACUAUGUCGUAUAUAGAGCCAUCGAGCCAGUUUGAGUUGAAUAGUUGAUGCUAUUAGCGGCCAAUCACACUCAAUUGUCAAGUGCAUCUUGGAUCUAAUCGUCGACUUGUUUUGAAGUGCGCGCAUCCACCAGUUCGUUGUGUAUCCAGUCAAAAGAAGCGUUUGAUCUGCGUGUGUAGUCUAUACAGAGGAACGGUCACAUCAAAUUUGCUUGUAUUGAUUUGUCGCCAUUUUUCUCUUUCAUAUCUAGAGGGUUAAUAUUGAUGUAAUCAAGAACUUUUUGAUGACACAUAAAAAAGGGAAGCGGAUCCAUGAAAUAAGAAAAACAAGAUGAAAAGAGCGAUUUUGCGUGCGGUGCACAAGGACUGCUUUAAUGAGGUUUAUGUUUUCUUUAUAUAUAUGGUUACUGCUGCUGUGUGUGUGCUACAUUAGAUUUAUUUUGGGGAAUAGAAAAUGCGCGAUGUUUUACAGCCUCAGCAUUCAAGAUAUUUCGCUCAAUUCCAAUUUGAAAAUGAUGGACUUUAAAGUUACUCGAUUUCGUUCAUUCAUCUUUCGCUUGGGGAUAAGCAAAGUCACGCUCUUGUUUUCCAUAUUUCACACGCCGUAUAAAUGUCUCUUCAUACUAUAGAGACCAUCAUCUGAUCGAUUUCCAGACUCUUCAAUCGGCCAAUUUUCGUUUCUUAUUUUAUUUUCAUCGUCAAUGUGAUGGAAAAGCUGUUGACGAUCAGCAGCUGCUCCAUCCUUAAGUUCCCGAACGCAGCCGUCUCGUUUCACGAACAAGAUAUCUUUAAAAAAAAAAUUGCAAAAGAGGAGAUUAUUUUGGUUGAGAUGAUGUCUGAGCUGUUGGCGGCGUCACCAGCGUCGGAUUCUUUUUUUAUUGAUAGCCAUGCUCCUUUUUUUUGGAUGACGUCAAUUAUCUUGCCAUCAACACACGUUGAUCCACUUGAGCCUGGUUCUCUACACAUAACUGACUUCGAUAUAAAAAUACAUGCCUUGCGAUGCAUAAGGAGGAGGCUGUCACAAUGAAACAUGUCAGACGGUUGGCUUAAUAUGCUGAUGGAUCCAUUUCAUGUUGAUGAAUGAUCUAUUCCUGUAGCUGGUAUAUACAUCAAGUAACGCUCUUUUAUGUUUAGAAAAUCAAAAAAUGUGAAAAUUAGCCGUCCCUAUGCGCAGCCAAAUGCACCUGUCGUUCAAUUAAGAAGUUUUUUCAUUUCCCUUUGCCCCGUUGUGGCGGCAUCUGGCGGCUUCGUAUACACCGUCAAUCUUCGUAUACGCCAUCGAUCAAUAAAAAACCUGACGGAGAAAGUCAUCCAUCCAACUGCCAUCGAGAAAAAGCAAAAAGAAACCAUCCAACCCCGCAUACAAUAGAUCUAUAUAUAGUACAUAUACUGGGCCGCCGCAUCCAGCCUCUAUAUCCAGCACCUGUGUCUCUAUAUCCAUAAUAUACAACGGUCUAGAGACAGGUUGGCCGAACUGUUGACUUCUUCUUAUAACAUCUCCUAAGUAUCAAUGAUAAAGAUAGGAUAUAUACGGGUCGUCCGCUAAUUGAUCUGUACGCCACCGUGUACAAUGCAGACAUAAUUAAUGGUGCGUAAUGGAUACCAACAUCGCUGUGCUGCGCAUCCGUCUAAUGCAUUACACCGAAUUGCGAAUGAUUUUCAAGGGAUAUGUUGGAUGAUGCUGAACGCUUAGGUUUAGAGGAGGACGAGCACGAGAGAAUUGAUGGAUUCUUUCAAUGCCGAUUAUGUAUUCAAAUAGAAUCUUCUGUAGAGGGAACACAGCGUGAAUAACACGCAUUUUUAUCCGUCGUUGAUGAUGGCACAUAUAUUAUCUCAUCGAAUAUAAAUGGAGCAAGUGUUGAAACUGAAAGUGUAGAGGUUAUCGAUCAAACGAGUUUAAACGACGAGUGAUGGUGCAUGUCACAAAGCGUAGAGAUAUAGACCUUUUUUUCUACAUGUAUACACAGAUGACAUAACGUGCUGGGCAAAGUGCUGUCUGCUCUGCGUGUGUCGUACGAGCUAUAGCAUUUCGCGACGCGGGUGGGCGGAAGAAAAACGUUGAACCGACGAGAAGCACAACGUUAAGAUGGCAUAGAUGAAUAUUCGAAAAUGCUUUCCCCCCUUGGUUUUAUCUUGUUUCCUUUCGGCUGGAAAAACUCUGGUUGCUGGGCAAGAGCCGCUCUCUUUAUAAAAAACAGCAUCAUAUACCAUUAAAAAAGAAAGAGGAUGAGGGCGCAUCUUAUAUAGACAUGCAUCGUGCACGUUAGGAUGUAUCGUGUUGUCCUGUACCGUAUAUACCCGCCACGUAUAAAAGAUGCACGAAUCAAAAAGUGGGCGAGUAACAGGUUAGUCGGCCCAGCGACUGGAUGCGUUUCGACGUCCUUCUUCCUAUUGUACCUGUACAAUUCUAUCUCUAUUUAUAGGUGCGUCGUGCGUAGACCUAUAUACAGUAGGAGCUUCUCGGUUUACCACGUCACCAGGUUUUAUUCUUUCAUUACUGGUUUGGUUUUCUUCCCCUAGUUAUCUGCAUUGGCUGUUGAAUGAAUGCAUAUCACCUUCCACCUCCUUUCUUUUUUUUUGGGUGAUGACGUGCAUGAAAUUUGACUCACAUGUGUCUGACUAGAGAAAAAGAAUCGACUGUGUUGUCAUGGCAACGAUUGUUGUGUGUGUGUGUGUGUCUGUGGGGUGGGGUGGGGAGGAGAGUUGUUAAGAAAGUAAAAGCGAACGCUGGAGACGGAGAAUAAAGAAAAGGAGGAAAAAGCAAUACGCCAAAGUGGUCGGCUUUGUGUUGGGCCAUCAACCGGCUCGGAUCGAUCCGGCGGCAAACCGUCCCUCGCUCGCGUCCGCUCCUCGUCGUCGUUCGGCCAUCGAGAUGAUACCAGAGAACGUAGCACCGAUGACUUGCGUUGCAACCAACGCCGGAGACGCAGACGGCCGUCCCGCCAUCAUUGGCGAAGGACCUCAACACCUGCAGAAGAACAAGCAACAACGCGAGUUCCAAUUCGUUUUCGGAUCCGGGGAUAGCGACACGGGCAUCGGAGUGUGCGGAUGGAUCUUGACCAUCAUCUGCUGGCUGCUCGUCCUCGUCACCAUGCCAUUUUCGUUUUUCAUUUGCUUCAAAGUGGUGCAAGAAUACGAACGGGCCGUCAUCUUCCGAUUGGGACGUCUCCUUUCCGGCGGAGCCAAGGGACCUGGAAUCUUUUUCAUUUUGCCGUGCAUCGAGACCUACACCAAAGUGGAUUUGCGCACGGGCGUCUUUGACAUCCCACCGCAAGAGGUGUUGACGAAGGACAGCGUGACGGUGUCGGUGGACGCGGUGGUUUACUUUCGCGUGUCGAACGCAACCGUGUCGGUGGCCAACGUGGAAAAUGCCCAUCAUUCGACCCGUCUGCUGGCCCAGACGACGCUGCGCAACAUUUUGGGCACCAAAGAUUUGCACGAAAUCCUCGGCGAUCGUGAAACCAUUUCGGGAUCCAUGCAGGCAGUUUGCGCUCUUAUACUAUGCACAUAUAAACUGGCGGCGUUGGACGAAGCCACUGAAUCGUGGGGCAUCAAAGUGGAACGUGUCGAAAUCAAGGACGUCCGAUUGCCCGUCCAAUUGCAACGGGCCAUGGCGGCUGAAGCGGAGGCGUCGCGUGAAGCACGAGCCAAAGUCAUCGCUGCUGAGGGAGAAUUCAAGGCGUCCACUGCGCUCAAAGAGGCUUCGAUGGUCAUUGCCGAAUCACCAGCCGCUCUGCAAUUGCGCUACCUCCAGACUCUGAGCACCAUUUCGGCAGAGAAGAAUUCGACCAUCAUUUUCCCACUGCCCAUCGAUUUCCUGACUCAGUUUAUGAGAUAAAUCGACUGAGAAGAUUCAUCCCGACUCGGAAUCCAAUUGGACGCACGCACUCGGCCGACAAGCGCAAACAGCAUUUUUCACGUGCCACUUUGACGCGCUAUAAAAACAUGUGUGUUGAUGUAUAGAAAGAGAGAGCCUGUUGUGGACGUCUUUCUAUAUCGUAUAUAAUAGUAUAUUCUCGGUAUUGUAUCGGAUCACACACGCACAGCAACAGCAUCAACGUUUAGAGAUUUCGAUUCCCUGAUGGUUAUUUAGGUAUACACAGCAUAAACACACACACACUGCUGCGCAAUUAUUUCAUAUUACACAUUUAUAUAUAGACGUCUAUUGAUGUAUAUGGGUUCGUGCUGUGUGGCUUGAAUUGUGUUGACAAGCCAGUCGCAUUUCCACAAGUCACUCAUCUAUACAGACGCGUUAUUGUUGCAAUCUUUGCAUUUAUUCUGUUGUCUCUCAUCAGUUCACUUGCUGACCGUUCAAUUCCGGACCAGAAACUUUGAUUUUUUUUUUUUUUCUUCGCAUGUUUUUUUUUUCUUUUUGACAGCGUUGAGGCGUCAAUUUACUUUGUACCACGUCUCAUUAUUAUUAUGUACUAAAUAUACCUUAUAAUAUAUA